GACGCAAGGGAGUACGUCAGCUGUUUUGUUAGACUUUCGCGGCGGAUAGACGUGCGUGUGCGUCCGUCAUCGUCGUCGUCGUUGUCGUCGUCUUCGUCGUCGUUGUCGUCGUUGUCUUCGUCGUUGUUGCCGUUGUCGUGAAUACUGUUGUAUUGUUGACUUGGAGGGGCAUCUUUCUCUCGCGCAACUUUCGUCGUCGCACGGCAACGGGCUCUCGCGCACCUUUGUUCGCCGUGGUUCGCCGUACGCGCGCGUGAGAAGGACUGCGUGCGCGUUUCCGGGCGAUUCUGCGUGCGACGGAGGAGUCGUGCGGACGCGUUCGCGACGACUCGCGUGUGCCAUCAUCGGACUUGCAUUGCGCUCACGCUCGGAUACCUCUUUCAAUUCGGGUGUUUUCCCGAUUGAUCCCGCGGGACCUCGGUCGUAGGUUUCACGCGUGGGAGACGUCCGUCCUCGGACCGUGACUAUCUACCUAACGCGACAGGAUCGGGACGUUCUCGCCCGCUCACACAGUGAUAGCUAUAUUGUGAUACAUCGGCAGAGAGAGAGAGAGAGAGAGAGAGAGAGAGAGAGAGAGAGAGAGAGAGAGAGAGGCGCGUAGAGUGAAGACAUGGCACAGCCGACGAGCAGCGCGUUACGGGCGCUCGCCCUGGAGUACAAGAGCCUACAGGAGGAGCCCGUCGAAGGUUUCCGCGUCAAGCUGGUCAACGAGGACAACAUGUUCGAGUGGGAAGUCGCGAUCUUCGGUCCGCCCGACACUCUCUACCAGGGCGGAUAUUUCAAGGCACACAUGAAGUUCCCACCGGAUUACCCGUAUAGUCCACCGAGCAUUCGUUUCAUGACAAAAGUUUGGCAUCCGAAUGUAUAUGAGAACGGUGAUCUGUGCAUAUCAAUUCUCCAUCCACCCGUAGACGAUCCACAGAGCGGUGAGUUGCCUUGUGAGAGGUGGAAUCCGACUCAGAAUGUCAGGACUAUCUUGCUAUCAGUGAUCUCGUUGCUGAAUGAGCCCAACACGUAUAGUCCAGCCAACGUUGACGCAUCCGUAAUGUAUAGACGUUGGCGUGAUUCCAAAGGAAGAGACAAAGAAUAUGAAAAUAUCAUAAGGAAACAAGCUCAAGCUGCCAAGAUGGAAGCGGAAAAGGAAGGUAUUGUUGUGCCUGUAACUCUGGAGGAUUAUUGCAUAAAGACUCGAGCGAGGCCGGCCGAACAACAACUAGAUAUGACAGACUUCUACGAUGACGAAUACGAGUUGGAUGAUGAUGAGGAUGAGCAGUUGAGCGCGACCGAUUACGAAGAUGGUGAUGAUAGUGGUAAUGGGGAAUCGUGAUCCAUUUCUUAAAUGAUAAUAAAAAUCCGCGAAUCGCUAAUUAUUAUAUAUCAGUUCUGUAUAGAUUAAUAAA